AUGCCCCUUCUCGUCGUCGUCUUUUUCCUGCUCCCCGGCGGAGCCUUCUCCACUUCUGCUGAUGGCGGAGCCUUCCCCAUAUCCGGCGAUGGCGGUGGCGGGUGCAACCACCGUUGCGUUGGCUCCGUCGUCCCAUACCCUUUCGGCUUCUCUGGUGACUGUCCCAUCCCUCUGGCCUGCAACGCUGCCACGUCGACGCCACUGCUCCCGCACAGCACGGCGGCCGCGCCGUACCCCAUCCUCUCGUUCAAUUCCACCACCUCCACCUUUCUGGUCUCCAUCGAGCCCUCGUGCAACCGCAGCGUCCCCGAGGCCAAGGCGUCGCUCACCGGCGCCGGCUACGCCAUCUCCUCCCGCACUGGCCUCUUCCUACGCGGCGACUGCCGUGCACCGGGGGCCGCCAACUGCACCGCCCCAUCGGACGACAUGAACAGCUGGCUGCUUCCCACCACGCCCUGCGCCAGCACCGACGACACCGUUUGGGCGUGCGUCUCCUCGAUGCCGCCGCCGCCCAACAGCGCAGAGGCGGAGAGCGGCCAGGGCCAGUUCAUGGCGUGGGAGAAGGUGGAAGGCACCGGCUGCGGGGACGCGCUGACGGCGUCGGUGUACGACGGGGAGGCACCGCGCGCGGCGGCGGCGGCGGCGUCGCAGGAGUUUGGCAUGGCGGAGCUGGGCUGGUGGCUCAACGGGACGUGCUCGAACGCCACCAGCAGCGGUGCCCAGCCGUGCGCCAAGAACGCAACGUGCCAUGACGUGGAGACGCCAAGAGGGACGUGGGGUCACCGGUGCAGGUGCACGGACGGGAUGGUCGGAGAUGGGUUCGCCGCUGGCAACGGAUGCUACCACGACGAUCUCCCUGACUCCAACUCGAAGAACCGGAAGCUACCGGCAGCUGUCGCCGGCGUGUCUUUCGCUUUCCUGUUGUUCAUCAUCGGUCUGUGGUCAGCAUGGUGCCUCAUCAGUCCGCAGAAACGGCGCCGGAGUGCCAAGAUCAUGACGGCGACGGAGGCAUCCAAACAUCAAACACCGAAAGAUGCGAGACUUUUCCGCGGCAAACCUGUUCACGACGACCUCGAACAGGGGUUGACCGGGCCCCUACGAUUCUGCUACGACGAGCUCGCCGCAGCCACAGGAAACUUCUCCGACGACCGGAGACUCGGGAGAGGCGGCUUCGGCUCCUGGGUCUGGGACGCGUACGGCGGCGGGACCAUCCUCGACGCGGCCGACGCGCGGCUCCGGGGGCAGUUCGACAGCCGGGAGAUGGCGUGCGCGAUGCUCGUCGGGCUCUGGUGCGCGCACCCGGACCGCGGCCUGCGUCCCACCGUCAGGCAGGCCGUUAACGUGCUGCGGUUCGAGGCUCCGCCGCCGAGCCUGCCCGCGAAGAUGCCAGUUGCUACCUACGGGCCGCCGGCCGAUUGUCCUGGCUCCAUAACGUCGUCUCUGGAACUGGCGACGACCAUGAGUGCCGGCGGCGAUGAUAUUGGCACUGGCUCCGGCAUUGGGCAUUCCAGAGCCACGGAGCCGUCAGCCUUCUCCAGUUGUUGA